AGUAAUGUCGAGGCGAGCGACGAUUCCCGCGUCGAUAAAGGUAACGACGUCUGCUUGUGCCGUUUGCGCUCGGCGACGUACAGUCUUGCGAUUACACUGCAAACAGUGCAGCGGCGUCGCCGCGCGUCGUCUCGGGACAAGGAUUAACCUCUCGAGAAUGUUGGUUUGACUACGCAAACCAACCCAUACGCACACGCAUAUGGGCUUUCGUUAUGCGCGCCGUUUCGUCAAGCCCGACCCCUUUUGAUUUUCUCGUGCACGUUGAAGAGGUCCACGCAAGACUGUUAUCCGGGAAUUCGGUUUUCCAUGGAUCUAAUGCAUCGCCACUUUUCGAUGCGUCUUUACAAAGAACCCCUACACACUCGAACCUGUACAUCUGUGAAUUACUUCGAAAGUGCAUCAGUAAAUAAAAUCGGAGCUGGUCGAAGUGGGAAGCUCGAAAUCUUCAAGGAUGGCUGUCGACAAUCCCUCCUACUUCUCGCUGCAACAGCAGCAGCAGCAGCAAGGUACAUCUUCGUCAACCUACAGCAACGGCAGCGGUGGCAGCUGCAACGUAGCGACAGCGCGCUUCAGCGGUUUCUUUCGUCGUAGCAAGCCCUUGAGCAAAGCGCGCACGGCGCCCGUAUUAACGGCAUGCAGUCAGCCGAGGGUACCGUCAAUGCCAGCGCCAACUGCGGGCACGGCGUCGACGACGACGACGACGACGACGACGACGACGACGACGACGAACCAGAGAAGAAGUUUGAGGAAUUUAUUCAGGUCGGCGAGCACCAACUCCGAAUGCGAGAGAACUCUCGAAUUCCUUAACGGUGGGCCAAGGCCAUCCGACAUUGCACCGCCCUCGUAUUACCUCAAUAACAGAUCGUGGAUCGAAGGUUGCGGCAGAUCCCGAAGGCGCCAGACUCUCAAGUCGAGCAGCGAGCUUCUGAACAUGGACAUGAUCUUCUGCGGUCUGCCGAGCGACACCGCGAGCGCGAGCACCUCGCUGACGUCGUCUCGGCGGACCGAGGACAACGACUACUAUCGCUUCGAGCGCGACUCCGAUUGCGGCAGCGAAGCUACCACUGUGCCCAUCGACGAGCUUGACGAUGAGCGUUCGUACUAUAAUCUCACUUCGACGCUGCCGCACACGGGAAGAGCGUCGUGCUCGAGCAUGGGCAGGCACCGCACCAGCUCGCAGCCAAGAGUCCGCCGUCACUCGGUCGGCACGUUCUUCGACCAGGAGAGGUGCGCGGCGCUUCUCAGCUUCAAGCAACAACAACAGCAACAACAACAGCAACAGCAAGAACAAGACCUGAUCGUCGAGCCUCGAGCCGACGAGAACGAUGGUCCGAAACUCGGCAAAACCAGCCGACGAGUCGGUACGCGCCACGCGCCAACGGCAUUCAACGCAAAGCCGUCUUCGUCGACACCAGAGGCACCGGCACUGGCACGCGACGACGUGGUAUUCAUCUCGAGCAAAGACGACGAGGCAGCGGCAUUGUGGGUGAACUAUCUGACGGCAUGCUUCGAGCAGAUCAGCCGGCAACAAGGCAGGCCGCCCUUCAGAGUGGCGCAAGUGAGCAUCGAAGAACCGCUGACGCCGAACGUCGAGCUCAAAGUCCGCACGGCACGUCUGCAAAUAAUCGUGGUAUGCCCCAUGUUCUUGGAGCGGGUGUCGGAGCGUCCGGAGCAGGCGUCGGCCGUGAGUCGUCAGCUGUGCGCCGAGCGCGUGCUCGCGAUGAUGCUGGGCGUGCAAGACGCUCACGUGAGCGCCGCUCAACGCGCCAACCUCCUCGGCUAUUUCAGCUGGCGAAAGUUCUUUGUCAAGGAUCAAGACGAGACUUUCGUCGGGCAAUUUCUCGGCGCUGCGGUGGCUAUUUUAGGCAGCGCCGCCAGCAGCAAUCCCAAGCUCGACAAGAUUGGCUUUUCCGUGCACCCUAAGAAAGUUAAAAUGGGUCAAAAUCGAAUCUUGGCUCUGCUGAACGAGCCACUGCACCCGGACGACAGCGUGACGGUGCUGGUGGACCGCUGUGGCGAGGCACUGGAGGUGAGUCACGUGAAGCGCCGCAACCCGUACACUUUGCAGUUCUCCAUACCGGAGCGCUGCCUCGACGUGUCGCUGCUGGUCGGGGUGAGGAUCGCGCGUAACGGAGCACCACUCGGUGUACGCCAGGUCAAGUGCGAGAGCCGACUACGCGAGCUCGAUCAGAUACUAAGAGCGCACGAUAAUCCACUUGAGUUCAUGUGUCAGACGUUUGGCUUUAAUCCCGGCGAUAAAGAGCAGCUAGAUAACUGGAUGGUGCACGCGUUCCAAAAGAACGUACCGCCGCACUUCAAUCUGCUUUCAAAUCCACCAGGCGACUUUCAGCUCUCCAAGAAUCACUCGAGUUCCGAAGAGAAUCCAACUCUUCUGCACUUCGCAGCGCGCUUCGGCUUGGAAAAGUUAGCCUGGCAGCUGCUCGAGUGUCCGGGCGGCGACGUUGCCUGCGACAUGAGAAACGCCAACGAUCAUACACCCGCUGACCUUGCCGAGCAAGCUGGACAGGUCAAACUCGCACACCAACUGCGUGGUUACAUGCAAAUGAACGAGUUUUCGAAUAUGUACAGUUAUCUCAAGGUUAUGAGUGAAAACUCAAACGAGAGUGGAAACGGCGUCCGUUCUCAACACAACAUAGUUGAGGACGAGUGUCGUCAGGAGGAUUACUGUCGUCCACGUCCGUUGAGCGAAGCAUACUCUGUACCACCAGUAGCACGGCCAGUAUUGCCACGUACAUUCCCAGAUUACUCGACACCGCCACCUCUACCACAACCAAAUCCAACGAUGCAAUCAACGGCAGCGACAUCAGAGAACGAAGAUUCAGCAACACCUUUGGCAAGCUAUGCGUCAUGUUCGACCCUCAACGGAUCUGGCUCCGAGAUACCUUUACAAGGUUACAUGCAGAUGAAUCCUGCAGUUCUGCGAGCAACGAGUGACUCAGCAUCAUCGACUCCGACGACAGUGACGUCACUGAGCUCCUCUCAACUCAUCAGCAACACAGCAGCCGGUGGCGAAAGUAUUCCAACCACCUCGGAAUCAGCCAAGAACGACGAGAAUCAGUGCAAGUCAAAUCGCUCAAGCCAGUCUAGCAGCAAGUCAACGCGUGAGAGCCCACAAGACGAGCUUCUGGAGAUAAUCACCGAUUUCAAGAACAAUGUGUUCACUAUCUCGGAGGUGGAGAGACUCGUGGAGAAUUGGCGUAAUCGCAACGACGUUCAGCAGAGCUUUAAAGAUAAGCAGAGGCAAUUGGCUGCAAUGAGGGAUGAAUACGAGAGGAUACAAAAACGCAUCAAAGAUGAUAUGAAAGCACCGACGCCUUUUGAUAGGAUUAGAAAGUUUUUCACAAAGGGUAAAAAAGACUCAAAAGAAUCUGCGGCUCUGGGCGACGAUGCAACCACUGCGAGCAAACCGAAUGGAGUCAAUGGUAAUUUGGGUGAUCGUCGCCCUGUCAGCAGCCUCAGUCUUCACAGUGUUUCAAGUUCGUCGUCAUCCGGCCGGAUGAGUACUGUAAGCGGGUGUAGCGGUACCAGUCUGGGCGACAGUGGCACCCACUCUGACACGGACGAUCGACGACUACAACAUCGAAUUUCGGACGACAAGGCCGCGGGCAUGACGAGCUACGAGAUCCCACCGACACCAAAGCCUCUCAACGCCGCAAGCUGUAGGUUAUACAACAGUGGUAAAUACACGCCAACCCUGGCACGCGGCGCUACGACUAUGGGAUGUCCGAGUGUUAACAACAGCGAGCUUGACCUUAGGCCUGUCAAAUCCUCCCAUCCGACAGUCGACGAUAAGGAAUAUUACAUUGCUUUCCCACCUUGUGGAUUGCCAGUGCACACCUUCAAGGCCAACGCUGCGGCCAGUAGCAACGUCAAGGAACCAAAAACUCCGAACACACCGAUGGACUACGCCAAUAUCCUUGUACCCCCACCUGGUAUGUGUAUACCCUCGUUCCAGCACGUCAACGUUAAUCGACCCAACGGCGACUCGUGUGGAAAUGUACUCACCAUUCAGCCGGAAAUCCACGCGGAGCCUGCGACGACGACAACGACCCAAGUGGAACAACGCAAUGGAAAUGAAAAUGAAAAUGAAAAUGAGAAUGUCGAUGAGAAUCAAAAUGAAGAGCCGGUGCAGCCGGCAAGUCCAAAGAUUAUUAAUACCGAGCCUGUUCCAGAUUAUACCAAUGUACAAGUGGCCGCGUCGCAGGAGAUUGCACGAAACUUCGGUGUAACUUUGAAGAAACUGCCUGGGCCACCUGUUCCGCCGAGGUGUGAGUUCAAUUUUGCUGAUCGCCACGACAUUAAGGCCAACGAGGAGUGACGCAAAUUGUUAGAUUGCAUCGGAUAUUUAUAGUGGUUUUGCGUCGGGUAUCUUUUGUUAUUUCCUUUGCGAGAACACCCUUACCGAAGACCUUUUUUCUAGCGUUCACGGCUGCCUUUUAUUUUAUACGAUUUUUAUAUAGCGCUACUUUUUAAUCAACGUCAUACACAUAUUGAGUCGCGUUUGUUAACGAUUUACAUAAGUUUGUUAAGUGUGCAUUUCACUCUCGAGUUAUAAAAUGUUGCAACAUUAAUUGUACAUAUAAUAUCAUAUUCGUGUCUUCUUUUUAUACGUAUCUUAAAAAAUCUAUUGUGGAAUUACUUUGUACGAUAUAAUAUAUGUUUUAACUUUUCAUCGGCAAAUCGUUGUACGAAUGUCUCUGCAUGAAAGUGUUUCCGAUUGCUUAUAGCUAUUUGUGAUUGUGAUUGUAAAUUUUUGUAGAAUUUUAAACAAUCGACGGCAAUACUAAUAUUGCAUGUUGAUUUAUACCUUAGGAAUAUACAUUAUUUUUAAUAUUUUUUUCCUUCCUUUAUAUUCUAUUGUAUGUGCUUUUUAUAUGAAUAAAUUAUAUCCACUUCAAUAUUCUAAUAAAUGUACGAAAUAAUUUUACUUGUUAUUUUCACUUAUAUAAAUAAAAUAAAUAAAUAAGAUCAUUCAAUUUAAAUAAUUUAAAAACAAAUCUGAGAUCGCUAAUUAAUGAUAAGUAUUUGUACAAGAU